UCUCAGAAAUGCGAGCUUACACACUGUACAGCCGGAUUGGAAGUUAAUCUCGGCUUAGACCAUGCAGCAACCUUAAACUCACAGCCAUCCGAGGAAGAAUUUAUACUAUUGGUUGGAUGCCACUCUACGAGCAAGAUUCGCAAACCAAACACCCACACGUUUAAUACAAUCCUCAAUCCUCAUGGAGACCUCUAUUGUUUCAGAUGAAGCUAUUCCGAACUCUACAGAAAUGAAUGUAUUCUUCACCACACCCAGUGGACUUCAGGAAAAAUUAACCGAAUCAGACAUGACAGUGAUUGGCACAACAACCACCAGAGGAGACGGCAGAAACUUUCGUUUUGAAGAUGAAACUCAGAGAAUGUUUCUAGGCUGCGUCUUCUGCGUCGCGGCCGUCUUCGGGUUGGUGGGGAACACCAUGGUGAUUCUGGCCGUUGUCUUGUCCAAGAAGCUCCGUACUCGAACCAACGCCUUCGUCGUCAACCUCGCCACGGCCGACCUGAUAUCGUGCCUCACGUCACCUUUCGCUGCGGUGGCGCUGUUAAGCAUGAACGGCUGGCCGGUGCAUGAGAUGGUAUGCUCCGUGUCAGCUGCUUUAUACUACAUCACCCUUGGAUGCAGCAUCAUGAAUCUUACCACCAUCGCCAUCAACCGCUACGUACUCAUUACCAAAUCCAUGCAGACAUACCAGGCCAUCUACACACCCAAGAAGAUAGCAGCCAUGUUGGUAUUUACGUGGCUCUAUCCAGCAUUAGUCUGUUCCCUUCCCCUCUUUGGUAUCGGAAAAUGUUAUUCGGACAAGUACAAGAUUUGUACUCAAGACACCUCGGCUGAGACGAGCGAUCUCUUUAGUCAGCUGGGAUCUGGUCUCUUCUACCCAAUUCCACUCAUCAUCCUGUUCGUCUGUUACUUCAAGAUCUACCGCCACGUCACCAGCCACGUGAAAAAGAUGAUGGGGAAGGGAAUUGAGAUGGCUGACACUUCCAACGCUUCAAGCGCCAGCAGCACUCAACUACACAAUAAAUCAGCGGGAAGCUUCAGCAAGAGACAGGUACAGAUCACCAAGAAUCUAUUCUACGUCAUGUUCACCUUCGUCGUGUGUUUCGCCCCUUUCGCUGUCGCUCUGAUAAUACCGACCAGCGAUCCGGUCAUCCCGUGGACGGCGACUCUUGUGGUCUUCAACAGAGCCCUAAACCCCGUCAUCUACGGGGUGAAACACCCGCACUUCAAGGAGGUGUUCCGUCACAUGCUCCGAUGUCAGUACCACGCGAUUCCAGAACCAUCUAGCUGUCUAAGGAAGAUGCGCUUACAAUAGCAAUAUACCCAUAACUUCGAACGGACACCUUGUAGAGGAUGUCACAACGUCAAAUGAAGACCUGUCACUAAUUGGGCUAAGAGUUGUGAGUAAUGGCACUUGUUGUCAGCAAUGAUUGACCUAUAUGCAGAUGUUUACCAGCCAGUAGCAUACACAAUUGUAUUGUCACAAUCAUUCAAGUAAUACAUGAGUGAACUGUUCUCCCGGAAUUUUCGUACGAAUUUUCCAGCAGUUAUCUUAUAGCUACUAAGGGUGACACGAACCAUGUGGUUUCCAAAUGGCUUCUUCUGUGUACUUUGGCUGUAAGCAGUGCCCUAAUUGUUUAUUUUGAUGACUUGAUUGAGAUGGUGUUGCAACCAGGAGCUUCAUGUACAUUUAGGUCCGGGCUACAUUUAUGUACAUGUUUGGGGCUACAUUUAGGUCCGGGCUACAUUUAGGGCAUGUUUGGGGCUACAUUUAGGUCCGGGCUACAUUUAGGGCUCGGGCUACAAUAUGGUGCCGCACACACGCUACUAUAAACAGUUAAACAAUCCCGUUCUCUUAUUCUCUUCUUUGGUUCAACCCCUGUGUCUGCGUUGCUGUAUUUGUACAUUUUGUCAUUUACUCAAAUACAUGUAUUUAUUAGUGUCUGGAACUAUGUAUUAUACGACCUUCGUACUUUACUGCCAUUGACUCGUCACGGUAGUACUGUUAAAUGUUGAUAUUUCUGAAAUGUAACUGUUCGAUAGUUAUUAUUGAAUCUAUAAUAAAUAUGCAGGGUCAAUAUCAA